AUGCCCAACAGCAGCUCCAUCACCGAGUUCCUCCUGCUGGCAUUCGCAGACACGCGGGAGCUGCAGCUCCUGCACUUCGGGCUCUUCCUGGGCAUCUACCUGGCUGCCCUCCUGGGCAAUGGCCUCAUCCUCACCGCCGUAGCCUGUGACCACCGCCUCCACACCCCCAUGUACUUCUUCCUCCUCAACCUCGCCCUCCUUGACCUGGGCUGCAUCUCUACCACUCUCCCCAAAGCCAUGGCCAACUCCCUCUGGGACUCCAGGGCCAUCUCCUACGCAGGAUGUGCUGCUCAGAUCUUACUGUUUCCCUUUUUCAUCGCGGUAGAGUAUUCCCUCCUCACCAUCAUGGCCUACGACCGCUACAUUGCCAUCUGCAAGCCCCUGCACUACGGGAGCCUCCUGAGCAGCAGAGCUUGUGCCCAGAUGGCAGCAGCUGCCUGGGGCAGUGGCUUUCUCUAUGCUGUCCUGCACACGGCCAGCACAUUUUCACUGCCCCUCUGCCAAGGCAAUUCUGUGGACCAGUUCUUCUGUGAAAUCCCCCAGCUCCUCAAGCUCUCCUGCUCAGACUCAGACUAUCACAGGGAAGUUGGGCUCAUUGCCCUUAGUGGCUGUUUAGCCUUUGGGUGUUUUGUUUUCAUCGUGCUGUCCUACGUGCAGAUCCUCAGGGCCGUGCUGAGGAUGCCCUCCGAGCAGGGCCGGCACAAAGCCUUCUCCACGUGCCUCCCUCACCUGGCCGUGGUCUCCCUGUUUGUGGCCACCUCAAUGUUUGCCUACCUGAAGCCCCCCUCCAUCUCCUCCCCAGCCCUGGAUCUGUUUCUGACUGUGCUGUACGUAGUGCUGCCUCCAGCUGUGAACCCCCUCAUCUACAGCAUGAGGAACAAGAAGCUCAAGGAAGCCCUCCAGAAAAUAUUCGAGUACCCUUUGUGAUCCAGUAUUUCAGGAUCACUAAGGUGCCCCUCAUCCCCUUAUGA